AUGAAAAUUCUAGGAAAGGUGAACGGAAAGAAAAUUACGGAAAAGUUGGACGGAAAGAAAAUUCCAGAAAGGCUGAAGAGAAAGAAAAUUCUAGAACGUUCUGUUAAGUGCCCACCCGCCUGCACAACAGGAACGAACGUCGCGAUAAUGUCGAAUGAACAAGAAAGAAAUCAAUUCGAAGUGAAAUUGAACCUGUCAAAUUUCCAUUCCAAUGAUUUACAAGUGAAUGUUCACGGUCGAGAGUUAAUCGUUUCUGGACACCAUGAUGAACGUGAAGAAGGAGGUAGCAUGAUUAAACGUCAUUUUGUUCGUACCUAUACGUUGCCGAGAAGUGCGAAAGAAGAGCAGUUAACAUCAGCAUUAAGUGCCGAUGGUAUCCUGAAAAUUACGGUUCCUACUAAUGGAGCUACCGAAUAUCGUAAAAUUCCCAUCAAAGUGGAUCCGAAUUGGAAAAUGCAUUCGAAUCCUUGCCAAGAGCUGAUACUUCGUGAACCGAUACCACUCUGGUGGUGGUGA